AUGCCAUCUAAGUGGGAUAUAGUAUCUCCUACUAAGUGUGCUCCACUUUCAAUGAUAGACAUAAAGCAAAGGACACUCAGAUCCAAAGGGAGGUUAUAUAACUCUGUCAAGGAAAGAAAUGUAACUGCUGAGGAAACAAAAGGUCAACAUGAAACAAGAACAUGGUUUGAUGUACCAAAACCAUGCAGAACUGCUUCACAGUGCAACAGAUGUUUGUUAAAGCCAACAACAAGCCCAACUAAAGCUGUUUCAGAGGUGCUUUUUUAUUCUAAGCAAGUACAAACUAAAGCCAUUAGAGAUGGUAUUGAAUCAGAAUCAAGUAUCAUCCAAACAUUUGAAAAUGAGACUGUCCAGAAGGUACACAAGUCAGGUUUUUUUCUAUUAGGUGUGUCUCCUGAGAGAGUCAUGAAUGAAAGCCAGAUUGUUGAAGUCAAGAAGAUUGUAUUGGAGGGAGAGUCUCUUAAUGAUGGAAUGAGCAGGUUUGGAAUUUACAAGAAAAAUGGCAGUAAAUUGAGAAUCAACAAGAAUCAUAAAUAUUAUUACCAGAUACAACAG